AUGGCAGCAGCGGUCGCUACCUCUCGCGCCCCGACGCCUCGCCCGAAAGCCCCCGCGACAGUAAGCUUCUCGACCAACCCGGCCCCGAACAUCCCAACGCCUCUGUCUACGCCAGGCGGCGACCGAUCCCGUCCUCCGCUACAGGGCAAUCCUUCCGCUCGCCGAUCCGCCCGGUCUACACCGACAGAUUUCCUCUCCGAUAAAGCCACCGCCGCCUUCAUCCGUCGCGUCCUUUGCUCCAAGCAUCUGGCUGAAAGGGGCAGGGCCACCCCAGCCCCCAUCGAGGAGCUGCUACCACCCCUGACUAGCCGGAACGAUGUCGAUCUGCAACUAUACGCACUCAUUGCGGUUGUUUUGAAGGAGUAUGUGCAGACGUGGUACAGCAAGAUCACAGCCGAUGACACUUUUGUCAACGAAGUCGUUCAGAUAAUCGCACACUGCACGAGAGCUUUGGAGCAACGGCUACGAAAGGUCGACUUGGAAAGCCUCUUGUUUGAUGAGCUGCCUGACUUGCUGGACAGGCACAUCCUAGCUUACCGCGCGGCGCAUGAUCCGGUUUCCAGGCCUCCGACCGAAAUAGACCCUCGAGAAGUUUAUCAUUCGCUUUGCCCUCUGGCCCCUUUGUCGCCUAUACCUCGCCCAGAAGACCCUUCGUCUGUCACAAAUCAGCAAGAAAACGAAGCGGCCUAUCGCCAGCUAUUGGUGCAAGGCGUCUUGGCUGUUCUCCUACCAACCGAGGACCUUGAGAACGACUGCCUGACCUCCCUGGUCGGCCAAAUCUUCUCCGAGCUCAUCAUUGGAAAUGUUCUCGUCAAUAGACUCUCGCAACCCUGGCUCAUCUACGAAUGUCUCAUCAUUCUCACCAGAGUCCUUGCAAGGGGGGGAGCGGAUCCCAUCGAAGAAGGGGUCACGGAGGCUUUGCCGGGCGGAUCAACUCCCGCGGUCCCCAAACUAGUUCGCCGCAGCUGGUCCAUCCAGAGGGCGUUCUGGUCACUCGUACAAUGGUCUUUCCUUGCUUUCACAUCAAUCCGCCUGCUCAUCACCACUCUCGCCAUGUCUUCAUCCUUACCCCCACGGUCGGACGGUGAUGUGGCCGAUAAACACGAGAUGACUGGUCAAAAGUCGGAUUCGAAGACGCCAAAUCCUGCCACUAGUUCAAACGAGGCGCGGCCAGUGAAGACGAAGACACCUAUCGUCGCCUUGAAGCUGUGGACCUGCAUAUCAGACUGGAUUGAAAUGGACACUCGCAUGCCUUGGUUGAGUGGAACGCUGUCGAUGCUACAGCUCGGAGCAAUGGAAGGCCCAGGCCGAGUCGCUGGUCUCAACGGACCCAUGGACAGACUCAUUUCGCACACCAUUCACCAACGCAUCCUCGACGCCUCAUACCUGCCGACCCUCCUCCGCUCCACCCGUGCUGCCCUGUUCCCCAACAAUGCCCCGGGCGUCUCGACGCUGGUGGCCCCCUCAUCUGACGACGAGCUGCGUGUCCUGCGCCGCAGGUGCGCUAGCGCGCUUCUAGCCAGACUCCCGCCCUGGCUGGCCAACCUUUACCUGGGCGGGCGAGGCCUUGGCUUGCGGUGGCAACCCGAUCCGCCUUCGAAGACUGUUGCUACUGCCUCCCGCGUGAGCGAGGCCGGCAGCUCUGGCAAGGUAGACAAUGGCGGUGGUGAAGGAGCGGACGGCAUUGCCAAUAAUGACGACGACACCCUCAGUGACAGCGACGGCGAGAGUGGCGACUGGCGGCAGAUGCUCUCCGAAAUAGAGAAUGGCAUCCUCGACGUCUUCUCGGACGAGUACUGCAACAAACACCUGGUGUAUAGCGUUUUGGAGCUGGUUUUAGUGAGGCUGAUGCCUGAGCUGACGGAAAAGGGCAUUGUCGAGCUCUGGGAGGAGCGUCUGAGCUUAUGA